AGAGUUCGCGCAGCGCCGGAGCGGAGCGCAGCACGCUGUGCUCGGCGGGAGCGGCGCGCUAGCGGACGGGCCUGGAGGCUGGACGGACGCUUCUCGCCGCCCGCGCGCUCCCCACCGCCCCCCAUGAGCCCAGCCCCGCGCGGCCCGGGUUCGUAGCGGUGGGGAGACCCCUAUGCUGCUGCAGCCCGCGCCGUGCGCCCCGAGCGCGGGCUUCCCGCGGCCCCCGGCCGCCCCCGGCGCCAUGCACGGCUCGCAGAAGGACACCACGUUCACCAAGAUCUUCGUGGGCGGCCUGCCCUACCACACCACCGACGCCUCGCUCAGGAAGUACUUCGAGGGCUUCGGGGAUAUCGAAGAGGCCGUGGUCAUCACCGACCGCCAGACGGGCAAGUCCCGCGGCUACGGCUUCGUGACCAUGGCUGACCGGGCAGCGGCAGAGCGGGCCUGCAAAGAUCCCAACCCUAUCAUCGAUGGUCGAAAGGCCAACGUGAACCUAGCGUAUCUGGGCGCCAAGCCGCGGAGCCUGCAGACGGGCUUCGCUGUCGGUGUGCAGCAACUACACCCCACCUUGAUCCAGCGGACUUAUGGUGGUAACCUCCGCUCCGGAAGUGAGCCCGCCUGGGCUGUGGCCAGGCUGACGCCCCACUAUGUCUACCCGCAAGCCAUCGUCCAGCCCAGUGUGGUGAUCCCGGCCGCCCCUGUCCCGUCGCUGACCUCGCCCUACAUCGAGUACACGCCUGCCAGUCCCGCCUAUGCCCAGUACCCGCCAGCCACGUAUGACCAGUACCCGUAUGCUGCCUCGCCCGCCACGGCCACCAGCUUUGUGGGCUACAGCUACCCGGCCGCCCUGCCACAGGCCCUCUCCGCCGCUGCCCCUGCAGGCACCACCUUUGUGCAGUACCAGGCUCCACAGCUGCAGCCGGACCGGAUGCAGUGAGGCUGGUGCGCCAGGGACUGUGGUGUCACCUGAGCCCCACGAUGGCUGAGAGGUGGCUUCUCUUCCUGUCCAUUCUCUUCGUGCCUUGAGGAGGACUUGGAGAAGAGAGGGUGACCGAGCGGCCACGUGUGAGGCAGCCCCCGAUUCUGCACACCUACUGAUUCCUCCCACUCCCCUGUCCCGUCCAUGCCCCAGGUGCCCACAGGCCUGUCCCCACCAGGGCAUCUUGCUGGGCUGUGUGACACACGUGCCGCCAGGUGCCUUCUCAGGGGAGUCCUGGAAGAGAGAGCACAGUGACCCCGUCGCAGGUGCCGCCGCCUCUUCUCAGGACCCUGCAUGGCUGCCGGAGCCCCUGCUCCAUGAGGUGUCCCGCUGCAGGCAGCUGUCCCCUUCCGUCGAAACACUGCGACUCUCUUCCUGUUGUAAUUGUUUUGCUACUAAGUAUUCAGAAUUCGAGCCUAGUUUUCAGCAGAGACUGUUGCCACCCAGAACCCUAACCUAUUUUAGACUCUUGACAGACUUGUUUUUGCUGAUGGUUUGACCGUGGAGACGACAGUGUUUCCAUGUCCUACUGUGCUGGCCACCCCUCGGCGGGUGGGUGUCCCUGGCUGCCCCACGUGGGCUCCUGGGCAACUGCGAGAGUGCCUGCCCUGGCCAGCGCCUUCAGUCCACCUGGUGCUGGCAGCUCCCAGCCGUGGGGCCCUUGGGAAGGAAAAAGGCCUGCCUGCCUCGGGGUUGAGGUGGGAGCUGCUCUGAUGGAGGGGCUGGGAAGCUCCGGCAGACCCUCAGCUGAGGGGAGGGGUCACGUGUGGCAGCGGGCGGGCUGGGCCCGGGUGUCCCCAGACCUACCUCAGGGAGCUGAGCUUGCAGGCGCUCUGUGGCACGCCUGGUAUAAGUCAAGGCCCAGAAAACAAAGGUAGCUAAUAUUAUAAUAAUAUUUUUAUUAGAAUAUUCUGAUUAUAAAAAUAAAACUUGUUUUCUUUGAAGAGAA